CAGUUCGAUCCGAAAGGUAUGCAAUAUCGCUUUCUUGGCAAAACCGGUCUGAAAGUGUCGGCCUUGUCGUUCGGAUCCUGGGUAACGGUCGGCGGCCAAGUCGGAUACGAAUCCGCGCGCGAUUGCGUCCUCGAAGCAUGGAACCACGGCGUCAACUACUUCGACACGGCAGAGGCCUACGCCUCCGGGGAGUGCGAGCGAGUGUUCGGCCAGAUUAUCAAGGAUCUGAACUUCAAGCGAAGCGAUUUGGUGAUCUCAACGAAAUUAUUCUGGGGCGGACCGGGCCCUAACGACACCGGGCUCUCGAAAAAGCACCUCGUCGAAGGCAUGAAAGCUUCGCUGGAUCGACUUGGUCUGGACUAUGUGGACAUUGUGAUGGCUCAUCGCCCAGAUCCGCUUACUCCGAUGGAGGAAAUCGUGCGUGGGUUUACGCAUAUCGUGAACUCCGGACAGGCGUUGUACUGGGGGACGUCGGAGUGGAAUGCCCAUGAUAUCGAGCGGGCUCAUCAUAUGGCUGCUGUUCACCAUUUGAUUCCUUCCUCGUGUGACCAGCCGCAGUAUAACGCGUUUUGGAGGGAGAGGGUGGAAAAGGAGUUGCUUGCUGUGAUUCGAAACUAUGGCUAUGGUUUGACGAUCUGGUCGCCUUUGGACAACGGCGUGUUGACCGGGAAGUACAACGAGGGGAUCCCGUCGGAUUCCAGAUUUGCGGCGGCGACUGUAACUGGUUCUACCAAGCAAGACAUGGUUAACUUCGGCAAGGCUUUGGAUACGCCAGAGGGACAAUCCAAGUUGAAGCGGGUGCAGGAGUUGAAAAAGGUGGCUGAUCAAUUGGGCUGUACCACUGCUCAGCUGGCGUUGGCGUGGUGCUUGACUAACGAGAGCGUCUCGACGGUGAUCACUGGGGCAAGUCGUCCUCAGCAAGUGGUGGAGAAUAUGAAGGCUGUGGCUGUUUAUACUCAGCUGAAGGAAAACGCCGAGGUUCGAGCAAAUAUCGAAGGUAUCCUUGGGAAUACGCCUGUUCAGCCACGCCUCUUUGGACGGUGGGCGUAACUGAAAAUUACCCAAUUUUUGGUAGUCAGUCC